UUUUCUUCUUCUCCUUCUUCUUCUUCUUUUUAAACUGAUAUCCUCCAUUUCCAUGCUUCUUCCUCUGUUUCUUCCUGUUUUGGUAAACCACUUUAGGUUACCAAGACGCUGCUACUAUUUCUACUACAAGUCUCCAUUCAUAAAGAGAAGAGAUAGAGAGAUAGAGAGAGAGAGCAACCUCUUUUCUUCUCAUCAAUAAGCAAAUUGAUCUUCUUCUGCAUUGUGCUGUUAUUUGUUGGGGACAGAUUAAAAAAUACCCAGAUGAAGAGGUCUCCUCCUACUUCUUCUUGUUCUUCUUCAUCUUCCUGCGUUGGCUAUGAUUUCCCACACACAUCAGAGAAGAAGCCCAAGGCCAAACGUGCCAGAAAAAACGACAAUCCAGAGAAAUGCCAGGAUGCCAACAGCCCAACCUCUGGCAGAAGAAGUUCAAUUUACAGAGGAGUCACCAGGCACAGAUGGACUGGGAGGUUUGAGGCUCACCUCUGGGAUAAGAGUACCUGGAAUAACAUACAAAACAAGAAGGGACGACAAGUUUAUUUGGGGGCAUAUGAUAAUGAGGAGGCUGCUGCACAUACCUAUGAUCUUGCUGCUCUUAAGUAUUGGGCCGAGACAACCUUGAAUUUCCCGAUAGAGACGUACACAAAGGAAGUUGAAGAAAUGCAGAAAGUUUCGAAGGAAGAGUACUUGGCAUCGUUGAGACGGCGGAGCAGUGGGUUUUCCAGAGGAGUAUCUAAAUAUCGUGGGGUGGCUAGGCAUCACCAUAAUGGACGGUGGGAGGCAAGAAUUGGAAGAGUUUUAGGCAACAAAUAUCUGUACCUGGGAACCUACAACACGCAGGAAGAGGCAGCAGCAGCAUAUGAUAUGGCAGCCUUAGAGUACAGAGGAGCAAAUGCAGUGACCAACUUUGAUGUCAGCAAUUACAUUGACCGCUUGAGGAAGAAAAUCCCUGGCUUUAAUCUCCACAGCUACACUCAACCAGGAGCAGCAGAACUUCCCAAUUGUUGCAGCACUCAAUCAGAAGUAGAAGUAGAUCAGCAACAACAACAACCUCAAAAAGUUGCUGCAGAUCAUCUUCAUUUUACCCAACUCCCUCCAUGCAGCAUGGAAACGUCAACAAUGGUGGCUCUGGCUGCCAAUGAGCAGGAUCCUUGGAGCUUCUUGGACACGGGCUUCGCUCCCCUCCGAGUUCCUGACCUCCCCCUCGAAAAACCAUGCGAGUUGACGGACUUGUUUGACCACACCGGGUUUGAGGAUGACAUCGAUCUGAUAUUCGAAGCAGCAGCAGCGUGCAGUACUGAUGCAGGCUGUGGGGCUGAGCAGGUUGUUGGGGUCUCGAGGAGAGUGGAGGGUGGGGACAGUGGGGAGCAGAGGUUGUUGUCUUGUUCAACUUCUUCUCCAUCUUCUUCAACAACAACAACAACAACAUCGGUUUCUUGUAUCUAUUGAUCUGCUCAAAGAUUUUGGUCUUCUGUUUCAGCAUGCUGUUUGUGGGGGAUUGUUGGGAUUUGGUUUGAGUUUGUUGGUGGGUUCUGCUGUGGUUGGGUGGAUCCAGAAAGAUUCUGUGCGUCUUUCUUUGGCUUUUCUUUCUUGUUAUGGUCAUUUCUUUUAUUCAAAUGUUUUUUUUUU